GCGGCUCGGGGGGCGGGGCCUGUGGCCGCGCAGCCAGCACCGCGGUCCGCCUGUUUGGAUCUGCGGGAAUGUGGGCUGGAGCGGUCCUGCCGCGGUACCAGCCUCCCGCCCGCCGCCGGGACUGCCCCUGACCCAGGCGCGCCCGCCGCUCGGUGGCAGGAGGGCCGGCCGAGCGCCAUGGCCUGCAUCCUGAAGAGAAAGUCUGCUCUCGCAGUGAGCUUCCUAGCAGCGUUCCUCCUCCUGCUGGUCGUGCGCCUUGUAAAUGAGGUCAACUUCCCAUUGCUGCUGAACUGCUUUGGACAACCUGGCACGAAGUGGAUACCCUUCUCUUACUCGUACAGGCGGCCCCUCCGAACUCACUAUGGAUACAUAAACGUGAGGACACAAGAGCCUUUGCAACUGGACUGUGAUCUCUGUGCCAUCGUGUCCAACUCAGGUCAGAUGGUUGGCCAGAAAGUGGGGAGUGAGAUAGAUCAGUCCUCCUGCAUUUGGAGAAUGAACAACGCCCCCACCAAAGGUUAUGAAGAAGAUGUUGGCCACAUGACCAUGAUUCGAGUUGUGUCCCAUACGAGUGUUCCACUUCUGCUAAAAAACCCUGAUUACUUUUUCAAGGAAGCCAAUACCACCAUUUAUGUUAUUUGGGGCCCUUUCCGUAACAUGAGGAAAGACGGCAAUGGAAUCGUUUACAACAUGUUGAAAAAGACUGUUGACGUCUAUCCAAGUGCCCAAAUUUACGUGACCACAGAGAAGCGCAUGAGUUACUGUGAUGGAGUUUUUAAGAAGGAGACGGGGAAAGACCGAGUCCAGUCUGGCUCCUACCUCAGCACCGGGUGGUUCACCUUCAUUCUGGCCAUGGACGCCUGCUACGGCAUUCACGUCUACGGGAUGAUAAAUGAUACCUACUGCAAGACAGAAGGAUAUAGAAAAGUCCCCUACCAUUACUAUGAACAGGGAAGAGAUGAGUGUGAUGAAUAUUUUCUUCAUGAACACGCCCCAUAUGGGGGACAUAGGUUUAUCACUGAAAAGAAAGUAUUUGCUAAAUGGGCAAAGAAACACAGGAUAAUAUUUACACACCCAAACUGGACAGUGUCUUGA